CAAAAAAUAUCCAUCACGCCGGCGCAGCGGCGCGCCCCUCCUCCCCCACGGUGAAGCCCCUACCUAGCCGCCCCCUCCGCCUCAUGUUCGCCUCCGCUCCCGCGGGUUCGCUCCACCUCUCCCACCCGGCGUUCGGCGCCAGGCGCCCAAGGCUCGCGCGCUGCAGGUCGUCCCUGUCGUCGUCGGGCGCGGCGCCCCCGCCGGCCAACGCGAACCACCUUAUCCAGACGCUCUGCGCCAGCGGCCGCCUCUCCCGCGCCGCGGCGCUCCUCCAGGGCCUCCCCGCGCCCACGCAGCGCACCUACGAGUCGCUCCUCCAGGCCGCCGCCCGGGCCGGGGACGCCGCGCUCGCCGCGGCCGUCCACCGCCGGCUCGAGGCCGACCCGGUCUUCCGCUCCGACCCGUUCCUCUCCACCCGCCUCAUCGACGCAUACGCCGCGCUCGGCGCGCUCCCGGCCGCGCGCCAGGUGUUCGACGAGGCGCCCGACAAGAACAUCUUCGUGUGGAACGCGCUGCUCAAGGCCCUCACGCUCGCCGACCAUGGCGACGAGGCGCUCGCGCGCUUGGCCGACAUGGGGCGGUUCGGCGUUCCCGUCGACAGCUACAGCUACACGCACGGGCUCAAGGCGUGCAUCGCUGUGUCGGCGUCGCACGCACCUGCCUCCGCCCGUGUACGCGAGGUACACGCACAUGCCAUCCACCGUGGCUACGCAUUGCACAUGCAUGUCGCCACUACUCUUAUUGACUGCUAUGCAAAGCUUGGGAUCGUCGGCUAUGCUGAGAAUGUGUUUGCUGCAAUGCCAGAGAGGAACGUUGUUUCCUGGAGUGCCAUGAUUGCGUGCUAUGCCAAGAAUGAGAGACCAGCUGAUGCCAUUGAGCUGUUCAAGGAUAUGCUGGCUUCUGAUGCAGACCUGGUGCCUAACUCAAUCACAAUAGUAAGCGUCUUGAAUGCGUGCGCAGGAGUAAACGCGCUUGGUCAUGGCAAACUAUUGCAUGCAUAUAUUCUUCGGAGGGGCUUCGACUCACUUGUUUCUGUACUGAACGCAUUGAUGGCAAUGUACAUGAGAUGUGGACGCCUUGAAGUUGGCCGGCAUAUCUUCAAUUGGAUAGGACGCCGGAGAGAUGUUGUGUCGUGGAAUUCACUUAUAUCAGGAUAUGGGAUGCAUGGCUUUGGCCGUGAGGCGCUUCAGGUGUUUGAGGAAAUGAUUCAAAUUGGGUUAUCACCGAGUAUCAUAACAUUUAUCAGUGUUCUUGGGGCUUGUAGCCAUGCCGGACUUGUGGAUGAGGGGAAGAAGUUGUUUGAGUCGAUGAUGGAUUAUGGUGUCAAACCCCGUGCAGAGCACUAUGCUUGCAUGGUAGACCUCCUUGGUCGUGCUGGGCAGUUGGAUGAAGCAGUGGAGCUCAUACAGAGCAUGCACAUUGAGCCAAGUCCUCAAGUGUGGGGUGCACUGCUUGGAGCUUGCCGUAUUCAUGGCCAUGUGGAGUACGCAGAGAUGGCUUGCUCUCGUCUCUUUGAUCUUGAACCCAGAAAUGCCGGCAACUAUGUACUACUUGCUGAUAUUUAUUCUCGAGCUAAACUGCAAGACCAAGUUGCCGUGCUAAAGGAGCUGCUUGAGGAGCAUGGGCUGGAGAAGGUGCCGGGGUGCAGCUGGAUGGAGGUGAACAAGAAGAUACACUCUUUCACAUCUGUGGACAACAAGAACCCGCCGGUUGAGCAGCUUCAAUUUCUGAUAGGUGAGUUUGUGGCACAGAUGAAAAAUGAGGGCUAUGUCCCUGACACAGAUAUAGUCAUGUAUGACAUUGAAGAAGAAGAAAAGGAAAGGAUCUUGCUUGGCCACAGUGAGAAGCUGGCAGUUGCAUUUGGGCUUAUCAACACCCGAAGCAGUGAAGUAAUCAGGAUCACCAAGAACCUGAGGCUAUGUGAGGACUGUCAUUCAGUCACCAAGUUCAUCUCCAAAUUCACAGAGCGUGAAAUCGUUGUGAAGGAUGUGAAUCGGUUUCACCGCUUCAGGGUUGGAAUUUGUUCGUGUGGCGAUUAUUGGUGAAGAUGCUGCCAAGUCGCUGGUGCUUUUUGAUCUUUACUGAUCAUACCAAAGACGAUGAAGUAGGCACUAUUGUACAGCCUAACAUGAUUAGAUUAGCAAUGAUGACCCAGUCUUUCAGGAGGAACAAGAAAUUGAUUGCCGGUCUUUACAUGGAGACCAGUGGGACUUCUGCAAGGCAAUUUUGACACGUUUGCAAUGGGUCCCCUUUAAUGACAUUUUUCGUAGUAAUAGUGUCCCUGGCACAUUAUGAAUUAGCAAGUUCCUUGUAAAAUCCCACCUAAUCUUCAUAAUCAAGACCUGAGAUUCGUUUAAGAUAUAUGCAAGCAAAUGGUUUAUGAUCAGAGGUUUAUGGUUCUGUGAUUUGACGCAUAAAUGAGUUGUCGUUGCAUUCC